GCAGUGAGUGCCCUGUCCCAUUUCUGCUGACACUCAAGCCCACACUGCUUGUCUGCUCAGCAUCAUGAAGGUCUCCGGGGCUGUCCUUGCCACCCUGCUGUGCACCAUGGCCCUCUGCAGCCAGGUCUUCUCUGCACCAUUUGGUGCCGACACCCCGACCGCCUGCUGCUUCUCCUACAUCUCCCGGCAGAUUCCACGCAAAUUCAUAGCCGACUAUUUUGAGACCAGCAGCCAGUGCUCCAAGCCUGGUGUCAUCUUCACAACCAAAAGAGGCCGGGAGGUUUGUGCCGACCCCAGUGAGACCUGGGUGCAGGAAUACAUCGCCGACCUGGAAGUGAAUGCCUGAGUGACCUGGCAGCUUCGGGAACCCAAUGAUCUCAGUCAUCUGGGGAG